AUGGCUAACACUAACCUCGCCAGAACCAUCAUUGGAGUAAUUGGAAAUAUCAUCUCCUUUGGCUUAUUCUUGUCUCCUCUCCCAACGUUUAUGAGAAUAUAUAAGGCAAAAUCGGUGCAAGAGUUCAAGCCUGAUAUUUAUCUGGCCACAAUAGUGAAUUGUUUAAUGUGGGUUUUCUAUGGAUCUCCACUUGUGACCCAAAACAACAUCCUUGUCCUCACCACUAAUGCCAUAGGCUUCGCCAUUGAGGUCUUUUAUAUUCUCAUCUUCUUCGUUUAUGCCCCCUGGAGCAAACGUAGAAGGAUCCUAUUCAUCCUUUUGAUCGAAGCAGUAUACUGUGUGGUGUUGGUAUUCUGCAUCCUGCACUUCGUUCCCACCCUCAACCAAAGAAAAUUGAUUAUAGGGGUUAUUUGUAUUGUCUUCAAUAUCCUUAUGUACUUUUCGCCCUUAACAAUCAUGCGUUUAGUGAUUAAAACAAAGAGCGUGAGGUAUAUGCCUUUCUUGAUUUCGCUUGCUAAUUUCGCCAAUGGACUCAUCUGGGUGAUUUAUGCUCUGUUCAAAUUCGACAUCAACCUUGUGCUUCCGAAUGGUUUGGGAGCACUUUCUGGACUGGCGCAGCUAAUCCUCUACGGCAUUUACUACAGAACAACCGAUUGGGGAGACGAAAACUCACAAAUCGCCAUGAGCAAUGUCUAA